AUGGGAAAAACGCGAGUCCCACCAAAAAUAAAUUAUCAUGAAACUAGCAAUUUUGAUAUAACAUCAGAAGACCCAGAGAAGGCACAAGAAACGGGAAAUGGAGAACAGGGGGACGACGAAGUCUUCCUACCAGUUCCAACACCAGGACCGUCGACGAGUAACCUAAAUCCAGACAUUGGCCAAGAAGGGGACGACGAGGCAGAGAAGGACGAGGAAGCAGAAAAAGAGAUCGAAACAAUCGUUCCACAAAAACAGCGAAGAAAAACACGCGAACUAGUAAAAAUGUUCGACGAAAUCCUCCAAAGGCGGCCUCCAUCGGAAAAUAUCUACACAGAGAGAGCACUAGAAAGAAUCCGUAGAGAAGAAGCAAUAUUUAAUUAUACUCCUCAAGAGUAUGCCGGGAUAAAACGAACUAGUUCCGAUACCGCGAAAAAUAUUCGCCAAUCAUUAAGCAAACUUCCACCUCUCUGGCGAAGCGAAGAUGACUCGUUAAAUGAGGAUACAGCACCCGAAAUUAACGUCGACGAAUUUCUAAGAGAUAACAGCGAUCAGCCUGAAGAAGGAUCAAGCGAUAUCAGUCCAGAAGAAACCGGAGGAAUCGAAGACCUCAGCGAAGUGGAGAAUCCCAUUAUCAUUGAGCCAAGGCCUUCGACCUCAGAAGACGACAUCAAUGCAAGAAACGUCAUCGAUACAGAUGAUGAAGAGAAUGAAUCCGACAAAAAUACUCUAACUCCUCGAAACGUAAAUCGAUCUCGAUUCAUAGGGUAUUUAGGAGACGGUCCAGAACCCCGAACUCCAAUUUUCGGAAGAGUUCUCAUACCUGAUGAACUAGCGGCUAUGGGUAUACGUUAUGACCACGCAAGCCGCCAAAUCGUAGAUGAAAACGGUAAGGGAAUAAAUGAAACGGCCGAAACCGAAUCGGUCGACCCUAAUAACAUCCCUAUUGAAUCGGAACAGGGACGAGCAAGCGAAAAAUCGUCACAUAUAAUUAGACUAACGAGUCCACAAAAUUACAAUAAAAAUAAAUCGCAAGAUAGUUCAGAAAAAUCCAGCGAUUCAGAUAAAAACAAAAAUAGGCCAACUACAAGCGGGAAUGCAACAGUGGGGGAUGACGCAGGGAACCGCCGAUUCGGACCACCCUUU